AAGCGGAUCUCCUUCUUACUUUAUGUGGUCAAAAUAGUGAUAGUGGUUUGCAAGCAAAAGAGGCAACUUUUGAUGGUAUCAAUCAGUUUAAAGUUGACAAUAAAAUUUUAUAUCCAGAAAUAUGUGAGUGAUGAUACUAGCUGGUCAUGUAUGGACAAAAUUUUUAAUGCGUAUGCAACCUGUUUCAAUCACUAAAUUUAUUAAUCGAUGCUAUGAAUCCAAUUCUGGAAAAUAUGCUGGACAACAAAAUCUAACACAAACUAGCAUUUUUGUAGAAGAAGGAUUAGAAAUACAGGAAGUGCCUUUAAUUGUUAGAAAGAUUAAAGAUAUUGAAACAAUAUGUAAAAAUAUAGACCGAAAUAGCAUUUCUGUUAUCAAUAAUUGUUAUAAUGGUCCUGAUACAUCUAAGAAGACUGUUCCACUUGAUGCUAAAAAUAAUACCAAUUCCAAAAGUAAUACUAAUGCGAAGAGUAAAUUACUAAAUCGAAGAAUAGAUAUUGAAACAGAUGAAGGAACUGCAAUAUUAUUUUGUUCGGAUCUUGAUUGUUUCAAAGAUUUGGACAUUGAUGAGACAUUGCAACUGUUUAAUGUCACCAAUAAUGUCUAUCCUAUUCUGGAGAACCAGAUCUCUCAAGAAAUCAAUUGUAGAGUAGCUUUGGAAGGAUUAAAAAAAGUUAUAGAUUUAGAGAAUAGUUGGUUUAAACAAAAGUCUAAUAAAACGCAAAAAACUAAGCAAUUUGAUGUUGACAAUACUACUAGAAAUAUGAUAAUGAAACAAUUGAUUAAAUUAAUUAUUAAUAGUAAUAAUGCUGAAAUGAUAGUUCAGGGGCUUAUAGCUCUGAAAAAGGAUAAAGUUAGUCCAUCUAGAAAUAUAUAUAGAGAUUUGAUGUGUGAUGAAGCCUUAAGUCGAGCAACAGAUGGAGAGUUUUCACCUGCUCAACUAGUAAAUUUGAUAAAGAUUUUAUCAUCUUAUAAAGAUUCUAAGUACUGUAAAUCAAUAGAUACCUUAUGGGUUGGUAUUUUGCUUCAAGAACAGGUGAUUAAUGCACAUACAUUAGUAGCAUUGUUUAAAGUAUUAAAAUACUUUAAUCAGAGCAAAAAUAUAGUGAAACUUAUUCUAGAAAGAAAACUUUCUGAUUGUUGGUUGAAAUUAUCAGGCACACAAAUUGCAGAAAUAUUAGAUUCUUUUCAUGAUGAUGUUUCUGCAAUGAAAUGUUUAAUGAGUGCCAGUAAAUGGGCAAGUAUAAGCAUGAAUGCAUCUAGUGAAAAAGAUUUAAUAAAUUUUAUACGUAGUUUACAUGUAAAAAAUUACAUUGAUGAGAGAAUAGAAAAUACUUUGCAAAAUUAUUUGAAAUCUAAAGCAUUACAAAUUGAUAAUUCAAAAUUAAUAGCUACAAUUAUGAAUUAUUGUAAGGAUUUGCAGAUUAGAAAUGAAAGCAUUCUGUCAGAGUGUGGAAAAUAUUUUAUGAAACAUGCCAUGAAUUUAUCAACUUCUUUGUUGCCUUCUAUAUUUACACCAUUUGGAUUAUUAUAUGUACAACCUCCAAAUAGUGCAGAAUUUUGGAAAAUAUUUGAUGAUGUAUUAUCAGUAAAAUUUCAUGAUUUGAAAUUAGACGAUGCUCUAGAUAUUCUUCUUUCCUGUACUUAUUUGGAAAAAUAUCCCGUUAAAUUUUUUGAUAAAAUAUUUAUCUCACAAUUACUGCAUAAAAUUCAUUUGAGAAAUCAUUCUGUAUUCUCUAAUCGCAUAAAAAGUAAAUUGAAAUUACUGGAUGCCACGAUGUUUUUAGAGUCCAAAGAAUAUCAGUCUCUAUAUUUUCCUCUGAGAAAAGUAGAGAAACCUUUAUUUUUAGAUAUUCGAAUUAAAAGGGCAGUGAACAUGAUAUACCAACCAUUAGCAUCUUUAGUAGGGGGAGAACAAAAAUUGAGUAAAAAUGUGAUAUUGAACAGACUACCACCUAUAAAUUUUUAUAUUCUUGAUAUUCUUAUACAUCCACAUAUGAUAUCAACAUCGGUAUUUCAUUUAAAUUUGGACCAAGAAAAAAAUGUGAAUACUGCAGUCUUUAUUUAUUUGCCAGAAUAUUACUGCAGAAAUACGCAUCAUUUAAUAGGACCUCAAAUAAUGAAAAAGAGGCAGAUUAAGAAAUUAGGUUUCAAAGUUAUGACAUUAGAUUAUGUAACAAUACAGGAAUUCUGGAAUCAAUCUAAUAGAUUAUCGUCUUAUUUAUUGAAAAGUUUACAUUCCGCAGAAAAUUCUUUAUAACACAUAUACAAUGAAAAUGUAAAAUAAAAAAUUUCUCUAUUCAUGAUGGAAAUUGUAAAAGUAGUCUAAUGAAACUACAUUGUACA